GUUAAUCGUAAUACCGUCAAUAUAUCAGUAUGAAUAGCAUUUUUUCUCAGUGAAACUACGAAAGUGUUUGAAAACAUGAACAAUACCUGCUGCAAAGCUUGCCCUUCUAGCAACCUUGAAUGGAAGCCAUUGAUCGUGUUUGUCUUGCUUCAUUCCUUGUCGGGAAUAUUCGCCUUCUUUGGCAAUGCAGUGGUCCUUGUAUCGAUCAUCAAGACGCACUCUCUACAAACUUUAUCCAAUUUCUUCCUUGCUUCUCUCAGUACGGCCGACUUGAUGGUUGGAUUGAUCAUCAAUCCACUGUACAUAGCCAUUGCAUCGCUUGGAGUCUGGAUGAAUACUACACAUCCCUUGUACAUAAUGGAAAACUUUAUGUGGGUCCAAUCUCUGAUAGCAACUGCCUUCAGUUUAGCAGCUAUUAGCAUAGAUCGGUACAUCGCCGUAACUCGAGUUUUUCGUUACCAAGAAAUAAUGACAAAAAGUCGAUGCAUCACAUCCAUUGUUUUUAUCUGGUCAUUCUCAAUCGCAUUUGCUUCGGUAACUCUGUUUACACCUGAACAACACACUGGUUUACUCUGGACAAUGUGUUUGAUAUUAUCAUUCGGGAUUCCAUUCAUUGUCAUAAUAUUCUGUUAUUUCAAUAUCUUGAAGACUUCUCGGUAUCAAGCACGGCGUAUCGCAGUGUUACACAGCCAUGAUGUAAAGAAACGAAAAGAAGUUCUACGAAACCACAAAGCCACCUACACUAUCGCGAUUAUAAUCUUAAUAUUUGUGAGUUUCUUCGCACCYAAUUUUGUGUUUUCCAUUUUAUCUCUUAAAACCGAUAACAAUUGUACUAUGAACAGAAUUUAUCGUAGCUGGUUGUGGUGCAUAUGGGUGUUGUUCACGUCUAGUGCUAUCAACCCCUGGAUAUAUGCUAUACGAAACACAGAGUUUAGAACUGCUAUGAAACGGGUUUUACGAUUUAAGAGGUCUACUGCUGUAAUCCUCUCUCGCGGACACCAGAGAUCUAAGGGGACACAAGCUAUGCAAGGGAACAUAAAGCUGUAAGCAUUCUUUACUUCAUCAAUAAAAAGGAACACGACUAGGGUGUUCGUCAAGAGAAGAGAAAAGGUAUACCGACACCGUUGUGCUGGUGGCCGGGUUAAACUGCGUAUCUCACGUAAUAUCUUGAGGGUAUUUUUGGAAAUAGUCCAACUGAACUCCUACAAUAUUACUUGGACUUGCCAUAAAUUUCAUGUACAAAACAGGGAGCAUUGCGACCAUGAGUUAUAUAUUUACUCGGAAUCGGAGUACAUCUCAUGCUCCGUAGAAAAGGUGCUAAGGUUGCGUAAGAUGAACAAUGACAAAGAGAUUUCGAAACUAAAUGAAUAUUCAAAUAAUAUGAUGUCAAAAAGCUUAUCUACUACGACGUUAUUGAAUGAUGCUUUAUUAGAAGUAAACGAAAUUAAUAAACUAAAUACCAAUCAUCUGUAACAUUACAUGAGCACCUGAACUCACCUGUUUUACGACCAUAAAAUCUAAAACCUACCAAAAAUUGACUAUUUGAGGUGUCCUCGAACGACACUUCUCGAAUUUAUUUAAUGUUAAUUGCCAUAAAGGUGGAAUUAAACAUACUAGCGUCCGAAA